GCGUGCACCAACUACUCACAUCGACGAGCCAUAUCUUAUCGGGUAGAUUCCUUGAAUCGGGGAAAUUCGACGGGCCGCAGCGUGUGGGACACGCCGUCGUUCAACGAGUAUACAGUGGGUCACAAAUCAAGGAUCCGUUCGGUGCUGUGCGCGGCGGGAUCAGAGAUCAGAGCCUUUCGGGCUGUUGCCUUGAAAGUCUGCGGUAUCGCCAACAACACGGUGGUCUCCCGACAGUGAGUGGUCUGGUCGAGACCACCAUGGCGGACAGCACUAGCGAUGGUGUUGGGCCUUCCAGUGGCCUGGCACCAGAAGGGGCAGGGUGGGGGAGCUUUUCGUUUGAAGAGGCGCGACAACAAGCGAGAGCUUCGUCUUCAGCCAUGUUGCGGCAUGUUCUUCGGCCGAGAGAUCUUGUUCUCCUCAUCAACAGCCACGUAGGAGCCUUGUCGAGGUGCUUCAGCCGAAGACCAGCGGACUGCGCCGUAGGCCUUCCACAUUUCACCAGAACGGAGAAGGAUGUGGUUGUCCUGGAAAUGGGGUCAGCCGCUGCUUGCUUGCUACUUCUGGCGGAACGGUGCAACGUGGAUCUGGGCCUCUCCGUCGACCUCAAGGUCAAGCUCAAUGCCAAGAAAUACCCUGCAGUUCUUGUCAGGGGCUCGGCAUUGAAGUACGACGCGUACAAGACGACGACAGGAUUCGCUAAAGGUUCGAGACAGGAUAUGACUGAAGGGGAUGGUGGAGACGACCACCUGUCGGGGUGCAAUGGUCGGGCCUGGCGUCCAUUCAGCCUCCAGGAUCUGAGAGUUCAACUACAGAACUUUUGCACCGAAAGGAAUUGGCAGAAGUUCCACACUCCGCGAAACAUCUGUUUAGCAUUAAUGGGAGAGGCGGGAGAAUUGUCGGAGCUGUUCCAGUUUAAGGACGAAGACACUUGCUGCCAAGGCUUGCCUUCGUGGAGUCGGGAUGAUCGCGACAAACUCUCACAGGAAAUGGCGGAUGUUUUCAUCUAUGUCACUCGUCUCGCUGAUUUGUGUGGCGUUGAUCUAUGUGCGGUGCUCCAGGACGACCCACUGAGCCGCUCUCACAGCAUGCACAGAGCGCCUUCGACGAACUACCGGGAGGAAUUGUGUGCGAACAACCGCCGGUGGGGGCUGGCCACAUGCGUGCUCGUGGGGCUGACAGUCUUGCUAACUACCACGAACAAGCGGUUGCGCUAGUGCACGACACCUAUACCGGCCAUGCCGAAGAAAUAUGAACCCACUGGUCCGCCCAAGAGCAUGAGGAACAAAUACGCUUCGUCCCUGUCCUGCCGCUGUGCGGUUUCCACGGACAAUAUGUAUUUGUUCAUGUCAAUAGUGCACUUUUUCAUGUGUUCGCACAAAAUUGGUUGUAUUCUGCACCCGAACAUGUCUUGUGUGACGAUGCAUACCGACAUGGUUGUACGGUAGCUGUUGCGUUAAGGAGGAUUGAGCUAGCCUUGAUUUAGCAUGUUGUUUCUAGUGCGGCGUCAGACGUCGAAGAAAUGGUAGUGCGGGGGGCGCCUUUAGCAACGACUGCUUAUCCGUUGGGAGGUACGAAGCCGUGUCGGCUUGUUUGACUUACGUCUUGAUGCCGAUGUUGUGGUAUUCACGUAAUACAUUACACGUGUUGAGAUGUUGGGUUGGAAACAUGCUAGCUUUGUUGUCCGACUGGCAAGUUUCUCCUGUCCUACUGUAGUACCAAAAUAGCUGGCGCCGCACGUCAUUAAAUUUGUAGAGCCGGUGAUUCACAUUUGUUCUCUACCUCUAAAAAUACCAGGGCGUUACGUAGCGAAGCAGCCGCCCUGUGGGGUGGGAAUGGUAAGAAAAGCCCGCCGCAGGCGGAAAAGUUUUUGGGCUUGCCAUCAGCUUUGAUGGGGUGGGAUCUCAUUUUCUCGGAUGGGAAUGCGAUGAGAUGGGAAAGGGAUUGUGCUUCACGCUGAUGGUAUGGGAUGGUAUUGGCUAAUCCUUGUUGCUGGGAUGGGAUGAUGGGAACAUACCAAGUUUUCGCUGGUCAUGGUGAUGGUUUAUUGAUUGUUUUGAUGUUUGUCGGGUUUGCCACCUCUCCUGUUCAUCAUGGCGAGGAGACAGCAAAGCACAGCAUUCACCUCGUUGCCAAGGAGGCUCCUCAUCUCCUCUUGGCAUACGUCAUGUAGGCCUGAUAAAUACCAAACCCUUUUCAUUCGAAAUGCUACGCCAAAACAAAAGAACAUACACACGUAAACAUUACGGGCUGCUAUUUCUCAAAUACACCUUACGUGGAUCGGAUGUUUCCCUGCUACUUGCACGCAGAGAUGCACUUGGUAUUCAACCCAACUACACAAUUAAUUACAGAACCUGCCGAGGCAUUCUGGGUUGCAACUAACUGCUGCAUCAGCGCUGGCAUCGCAUUUGGUCCUUCUUGAACCCGGGAAUGAGCUGCCUGUUCAGCCGGAACAGCAACAUCAUCUCGAUCUUGUGGGGGAAAAUACCGGCGCGCAUGUCACUCAGGACGAGUUUAGCGCGGAUGGUGCCAUGUUGGGUGGGAGUGGCUGGAAUGGGAAAGCCAUUGUGAUGGGAGUGAGUGUGGAUGGGAUGGGAGCGACGUGGGAAAUUUUAGAUGGGAUGGGAUGGUACUCUGAAUCCGAUGGGAUGGUGAUAGGAUGGUAAACGUGAUGGGAUACAAAAUCUCUGACCAUACCACUACCUUCCCAUUACCAUGACAUUACCAUCAAGUUUACCAUCCCAUCUACUCCGAUCCACGUAUAGCCCUGAAAAAUACGAAGUAACAGACAAACAAUGAUGGGUUGGUUCGCGUACAAUGCAGCUUUGCUGUAAACAGGAAAAUAGCAAGCACCGAGGCUCCUGGGGGCAUCGCAUCGAUUUGUCUUCAUCUUGCCCCAAGGUAGUACUUGAAGUUGCGCGAUAAUAUUUCCCGCCUUGACCAUUUUAGGUAUAGUCUAGACUAAUAUUUUGUGACACAACAGCGAAAUGGUUCUGUUUCUCUAAGAUAAUAGACCAUACAAGUGAGUCUUCGUCUGGGUCUUCUCUUCAGGGAUUUCUUGAUUAUACGGACGCGUGUACACCUCACAACCCACACACCCACACCCUACCCACAACCUUUUAUUUUCUGGAAAGACUGUAACCCAACGAACCCAUCUCUGUUGUACAGAAAAGAGUCUGGGAUAUGUACUGCUGCUGUAUAUGUGUCGCAGAUUAGAUAUUGUCUACUCCCUCUGUCCGAGAAUAUAAGCAAGGUUUGGAAAUCCGGGAAUAUAAGCAAGGUUUGAAGAAUAUUGACGGAAACGUGCCAUUUGGGCACGGUGGACGUCGGACAACUUUGGCAAACGAUCACAUAUGACAUUGGAGAGAGAAAAAAAAAAAUCCGCUCGAUGGGGGGGGGAUGGUGCGUUACCAUCCCCUGGUCCGGGAAAAGGCGGAAUUUUGGCAUACCCAGCCGAACCCCGUCUUCGCUGUCGGCGAGAAGGUAGCGUACCACCUCUUCUCUCUCCGAAACGUUGAAAUUCUUGCGUUUGAGCCCCUGGGAGGCACUCCCAGCAGCAGACAUGUCCCGCCAGCAGACGGGAAGGCGUUUGACCGGGGCUCCAAAGUUGGGGUGGUGAAAUCGGGCGUGUUGUGCUGGGGUGCAACACACUUUGUUGAGGUGGUGUGAAAAGAGCAGCGGUUCUGCGCGCUGCGCGCCAGUGCGGCGGAACCAGAAAAAAAAACCGUUCGGAAAAAGAGUUCGGCAGACACGAGUUCUAUUGCUUUUUGUCCAAACCUUGCUUAUAUUCUCGGACAGAGGGAGUACAAUUGUAGGAAGGAGCAUCCGAGAAAGCUACCUGUGUUUCCACGGUUUCCCGAGCAGCACACAGCGAUAUCUCCCCUGUGCGUAACAGGCUCAACAGGACAGUUUGGUGGCCGUCUUGUGCAUCUAUCUGUAUGUUUUGCUGGGAAGGUGCAGAAGGAAGGUGUCGGUAGUUGGUUCGUGGGGUAUGCUAUCCGUGGGACCCUUUAUUAUUUUUUUAUUAUCACUCGGAAUAAUUCUUCAGACAGUGACGCAGAGCAACAUCGACAUGACAGUCCAGUCCCGUCGAUGAGGUGUUUGAGGUUUGAGGAACAACAUGCGUUGGUGGGGGUUGGAGAAGUUGCCAUCAUUCACGCAUUCAUCCCAUCUGGCGCGAUGACAGCCCUGCUGCCCCCCCUGAUCCUAACCUUCCUUUUCAUCUAUCGAGCUGCUGCUUUUGUCCCCAGUACGUCAACGAAACACUGCUUAGGCCGUGGAGGACUACCGUUGCGCUCCUCCCGUAGCAGCAGCAGCAGCAGCAGCAGCAGCAGCAGCAGCAGCAGCAGCAGCAGCAGCAGCAGCAGCGACAAGACGCCCUCUUGGCGUCUAGAAAUAGACGACCUUGUGAAAGCAGCGUCGCCAUGGGGUAGUCUCGUGGAGACUGAAAUCAUCGCAACACAUCUACUGAAGGCGUCCAGGCAGUGACUACCGAGUACUAAGCAGUUUGCAUUUUUAGAGCGGUCGCCCGUUCGAGUACCAGAUAGUAGAGGAUGUUUUCACGCCUUGCCAACGCAACCGGCGUCUGGUUAGCGUCGCAGAUGCUGAUAUGCAGCAGCCGCCAGCCCCCCCAGAUGGAUCGGAGUGACGGAAAUAUGAUUAUGGAGUCCAAAUCUUGCCUCAAAAUCUUGGCAAGAUUUGGAAUGAAACCAAAGAGCCCCCUUUUGCCCAAAUAUUUCGCCAAGAUUUGGGCGCUGGCAGCCUUGUCAAAAUCUUGCCGAGAGUGGGGGGGUCAAUAGCGCCGCACCGUCCCAGACCGUCCACAUAAUCAGCGAGUGCGACCUGAGUUCUUGACGUAUCGCUCCCAUCAAG